AUGCUCAACCUUCAGCUGCCCCUGGCUCGCCACUGUGCUUUCAUAAAGCUUAGGUCAAUAGGUCAACCUGUAUCAUGCCACAGCUCUCCUCAUGAGCUUUGGGUUGAAGGAGAGAGAAGUGAGAGAGAUAAGUUAUAGCCUAGAUUCAAUUCUAUAUUUCUCUCAAUUUAACUCUGUGCUUCUUUCUUUCUCUGUUUCUGUCUGUCUCUUUUCAGGUUGGUUAUUCUGCGUGUGCCCGUCCAUGGUCUGCUUACCAUUGAUCUGCAGUGUUGUGAAGGAGAUAACAUUGUACAAGUAGAGAAUGUAGGUGAUGAGAGAAACUUUACAAAGGACCUGCUUACAUCCAUACAUAAAACAAUAACACAAAUACAAAAAAAGUACAUAUUUAACAGACCUUCAGAAUACCCUAAGUAAGAAACAUUUCCAUAAAUUAGAUACAGCAACACAUCAAAUCAAAUUGUAUUUAUCACAUGCGGCGAAUACAACUGGUGUAGACUUUACAGUGAAAUGCUUGCUUACGAAUUUUUCGAACAUGUGGUCUCAUAGGCCUUUGGACUAUUUGACAUUAAGGAUAUUUUGCUUAAUGUAGCAUUAGAAUAUGCAAAAUAACAAAUUCGGUUUUCUCUCAGCUUUUGAAUGCACUGGAAAAGAAGCUGAGAAGUCUCCUACAUGGAAACAUUAAGAGGGUCAAGAGGUAAGCCUCGAGUGGUGGAUAAUCAAACGGUAGUGGCCUUGUGUGUUGACUAUCUUGUGACUGGAGAGGUACACAAGCUGUAGUGUGAAAUGAUUACUCUGUAACCCCCUGUCAAUGUCUCCAUGAUGCUAUCAUGAACAUGAUAUCUACCACCUUCCCCAGGCUCCCAGCUCUGAUACGAGGUGCAGCUGUUGAUCGAUACUGGCCCACAGCUGACGGCAGACUGGUGGAGUAUGACAUAGAUCGGGUUGUAUACGAUGAGGACUCUGCAUACCAGAACAUAAAGAUCAUGCACUCACAGCAGUUUGGCAAUAUCCUGAUCCUCAAUGGGGAUGUUAGUAAGUAAAAUAUAGCGUUCCUACAGGCCUUGAUUUAAGAUAGAAUUUUAGAGACAAUUGUUAUGAAUUAUUCCUCACCUGCUGCUACUUUAUAUUGUUGUAAUUAUGUUAUUUACUUUUGUUAUUUAGGUCACUAUUGUUGUUCAACUGUAAUUUUUCACUUCUAAAAUCUAAAUCUAAUAAGAUUAACAUUUGACUGGGUUUCAGUCGUGGCAUGUGGCUUACUUAUCUAAUGAUAUUGUAAUGUGAUUAUAUGGCAGAUUUGUCAGAGAGUGACCUACCCUACACCCAGGCCAUCAUGGGCAGAGGGAAAGAGAACUAUGCAGGGAAGGAAGUGCUGAUUUUAGGAGGCGGUGAUGGAGGAAUCCUUUCAGAGGCCGUCAAACUCAAGCCAAAGAUGAUCACCAUGGUAGAGAUAUCCUUUCAGGACACUGCUUUUCACUUCUCUCUGUGCUCAGUUAACAUAUUGCUUCAGGGAUUUGCACCAACAAUAUUUUAACACUAACCUCUGAGCAUUUUUCGAGACGUGGCCCGGUAGGAUUAUCUGGUCUGUCAUCUGUCUUCCCCUGUGCCUGGUUUGUAAUGCCUUGACAAAGUGUUUACAUCGACCAAAUGGUGAUUGAUGGGUGUAGAACGCACAUGAGGAAGACAUGUGGAAGUGUUCUGGACAACCUGAAGGGAGAAUGUUACCAGGUGAGCAGGACAUUGCUGUCCACUGCACCUCUCCUUAGAUGAGAUGGAACGUUUGUCUUUUGCCCACUACUCUGAAAAGAUUUGCUCCGCUCUCUGUGGUCUUGUAUGUUACUACAUGGGGUUUCCAUGACUACAUUGCCCUGCACCCCCUCCAUCUUUAUUCCAUCUGUUGUUAUCUCUCUCCAGGUGUUGGUAGAGGACUGCGUUCCUGUUCUGAAAAAGUAUGUUGAGGAAGGGAAGACGUUUGAUUACGUCAUCAAUGACCUCACAGCGGUCCCCAUCUCCACAGCGCCAGAGGAGGGUGAGUGACAAAUGCUCUCUCAUGUGGUCGUCUUGGACAGUCAGUUCUAACGAUGUAUGCAAUGAUGAAUACUGGUAUGGCUCUUGUAAAGACGCACCGCAUUAUACCUCACUGCAAAGAAUUGAUCGGAUUUAGGAUGUGGAUAGUGUAAUCUUAACCUGUUUCUUGGAUAGGAGCUUGUAUGAAACACUCGCAUAAUUGGUUGACAGAUGGUUUACUCUGUCUCAGACUCUACAUGGGAGUUCCUACAGCUUAUCUUGGAUCUCUCAAUCAAAGUACUGCGUCCUACUGGGAAGUACUUCACACAGGUGAGACCCAUAUUCGUUGAAUGCUUCAUACAGUCACCCUAGCAUUGUGUGGAAUUCAGCUCAUAUUGAUAUCACCAUCCCUACACAUGAUUAACUUAUAUGUCUGUCUCGUAUGUCUUUCUUCAUGAGAGACAAGUUUGUCCUAGUGUGAUGUUUUUUGGGGGACAUUUUUGUCCCCUAAUUGCUGUGUGGUCCGUGUUUUAACCCUGUUGUGUGUCAUCAGGGUAACUGUGCGAAUCUGACUGAGGCACUGGCUCUUUAUGAGGAGCAGCUGGGAAGGCUCUCGUGUCCUGUAGACUUCUCCAAGGAGGUGGUGUGUGUGCCCUCUUAUAUGGAACUGUAUCCUUCGAGAAAAGAGUCUUGUGCUUAUCACACACGUCUCCCAUUUACAGUCACACAGGCAUACUCAUGUAUAGACGUGUGGUUACUUGUUGUUUACAUGGCAUUCUCCUUAACAAGCUGACUCAGGUGGGUUUUCUAUACCGUUUGGAAGAAGUAAAGAGCUCCCUCGGUCCCCUCCGUAUGCUGCCUGCCAGAAUGUGAAAACUGCCUCCCCUCCAUGAUCCGCUGUUGCACUGAGGGGAGAGAUGACCCCCCCCCAUCUCUACUCACACUGUUUUGUUAUCCUUCCAUGUCCAACUCUCUCUUAAACCCUUUUUACAUGUUAGUUGUAUUAUUUUAUGUCCAAACUUACAAGAGAUUGUAUUUCUGUUAGCUGGAUAUUUUGAGUUGGGCUGUUGUUUUUGCAUGUGCCCUCCAAGGAGAGCUGUGGGGCUGCUACCACUGGUCUAGGGUUUAGACUUCUCUGACUAUAGCCUGGUCCCAGACCUGUCUGGGUUUAGACUUCUCUGAUUAUAGCCUGGUCCCAGACCUGUCUGGGUUUAGACUUCUCUGACUAUAGCCUGGUCCCAGACCUGUCUGGGUUUAGACUUCUCUGACUAUAGCCUGGUCCCAGACCUGUCUGGGUUUAGACUUCUCUGACUAUAGCCUGGUCCCAGACCUGUCUGGGUUUAGACUUCUCUGAUUAUAGCCUGGUCCCAGACCUGUCUGGGUUUAGACUUCUCUGAUUAUAGCCUGGUCCCAGACCUGUCUGGGUUUACACUUCUCUGAUUAUAGCCUGGUCCCAGACCUGUCUGGGUUUAGACUUUUCUGACUAUAGCCUGGUCCCAGACCUGUCUGGGUUUAGACUUCUCUGAUUAUAGCCUGGUCCCAGACCUGUCUGGGUUUAGACUUCUCUGAUUAUAGCCUGGUCCCAGACCUGUCUGGGUUUUAGACUUUUCUGACUAUAGCCUGGUCCCAGACCUGUCUGGGUUUAGACUUCUCUGAUUAUAGCCUGGUCCCAGACCUGUCUGGGUUUUAGACUUUUCUGACUGUUGUUGUCUAGUUGUCAUGCCAUACAUUUUACAUGUCUUAUACACGGCAGGGCAACAAUACUCAGAGGAGUUGGCUAAAUCUCAUACAGGUCUGGGACCAAGCUAUAGUCAGAGUUCUAAAGCCUAGACAGAUCUGGGACCAGUAUUUAAACACUCUUGGUAUACCUGCCCCUCAGGGUGUUGUUACUUUUCAAAUUUGAGUUAUUAAAACAGCACCAACAUACAAUAGGCUUUUGGGUUCUGAUUGUGUGAUAGGAUAUGUGCUCGCCGUAGUUUCAAAUGAAUGUCUGUUUGUGCGUUUGAUUGUUUUUCUUCUUCUGUUGUAGCUAAUUUGAUUCCCAGUCCUUCCCAGAUUCCCAGUCCUUUCCAAGAUGUUGAAAAGGCAGUGUGACCCUGCCCAUUGAGGCUGAAGUGUCCAAACAUGUUUUUAAAAGGGAAAAGGGCCCUCCUUUGUGGCGGUUUCUUGCUUUAAUGUGAAUUAUGUUUUUAUUAUUUACCACCUUUUUAGUUUCUCCUGCUGGAUCUUAUUUUACAAAUUCAGUUUAGAAUUUUUCUAUAACAUUGUUUGGUGCAUGUGCUGGAAAAUUAAAUAUUUUUUAUUGAAUCUAGUUUACCAUAUUCACAGUGCACAUUCAUGCCUUUGAUCAAUGUUGUGGUGCUUUGUUAAAUGUAUUUAUUUUAUAUUAUUUCACCAAAUGCUGUUUUAUCCCACUUGAAAAAAAUACCUUUUGUUCAGCAGUGACUACUUGCUAUUAAAAACGAGUUGGAGAAGAACAUUUUUGGUGUCUUUCUUUUGCAGGGAAGUAUGUUUGAUUCACAGUGGUAUUACCAGAUAGAUUAGCUAGCAGUCUGAGAUGUUACAACUGACAGACAAUUUGGAUGUUACUACUAAAAGUCCAGAAUCAUUCCUAUGCAAACGAACUCACUACUUUGAAUACAGAUUUGUUUAUAUUUCAUUCUACCAUGAGCGAUUUCAGUAAGACUUCCCCUUUGAUAACAUGAACUUCAGUAAUUUCAUUAUCCUGCGUGUGGUUCUAAUGUCCACAAAAACAGUGUGUCCUUAGUGUAGAGAAUCCAUCAAGUUAUCUAUCAACUACAAAGGAUGUACUUAUCAAUUUUGGCAGACAAUCUUAUCCAGAGCAACUUACAGGAGCAAGUAGGGUUAAGUGCCUUGCUCAAGGGCACAUAAACAGAUUUUUCACCUGGUCAGCUCAGGGAUUCAAACCAACAACCUUUCGGUUACUGGCCCAAUGCUCUUAACCACUAAGCUACCUGCUGCCUGCUCAAUGUGCUGAUCAGGCUGCUGAAAAGACACUUCCAACCUGGAGCAACGCUUGUAUGUGGCGGGAGACAUCUUUCUGGGAAGCUGCUGUAUACACCUAAUAAUUUGCAAUAAGAUUGCAAUUUUUAUUGCAAAUAUUACACUAACACACAUACCUGUGUGUGAGUUGUCACAACUAUUUCCUCUCUGUUUUAACUGUAUUCUCCACACCUUGCCUCUAUCUUUCCCUUAGUAUUGUAUUGUACUGUGUUUGUGUUUUGUCUCUGUGUAGAACCUGA